CGUGCACAGGACAGCGGUAAUCAGCUACCGAAGCAGAGCUCCCUGUAUAGUGACGUAUCGUUCACGCUGUACAUCGGUGAUAUCAGUGCCAACGAUGGAAUUCCCUUCUUCAUCGCACCCAAGCUGGGUCAAACGGCCAACGUUACGGAGAAUGCCACCAUCGGUGCCCCGGUAUUCCAAGUGAUUGCCAGCGAUCCCGAUAGCCCAGCGACACCAAGUGGAACCCUUCGUUAUCGCAUCCAAUCCGACAUUGAAGACGCAAAGUCGUUCAAUAUCAACGCAAAGACGGGUCUAAUAACCACCACUCGAUCGCUGGAUCGUGAAGCCAAGGCAUCGUACAACAUCAUCAUCGAAGUAAGCGAUAUGGGAGAACCACCGCAAGCCUCCACCGUGGUGCUCCGUAUCAACGUACUAGACAUCGAUGACCACGUUCCGCGAUUCGUCCGCGAUACUGACUCCCGACCCCGGGAACUGAUUGUGCUGGAAGAGCAACCGGCCGGUACGCUCGUCGGUAACAUUAGCGCACUGGACGAGGAUAUCGAUGAGAAUGGAGCGAUCGAUUAUGAAAUCCUGGAGGGUAACGAGCUCGGACUACUAGAGAUCUCCCGGACAGAAACCAAUGAGGCUAUCCUGCGAACGACACAACCGCUGGACCGUGAGGCCAUGGAAACGAUCCGUCUCACGAUCCGAUGCUUCAAACUUGGAACAACCCCGGACCUGCCCGGUGAGGGUUAUAAUCGGUUCGAUUUAUCACAGCAACAGCUGCUGGUACGGAUCGCCGAUAUCGACGAUCAUUCACCACAGUUUGAGCGUGAAAACCAAACGAUCGGUAUCCGGCAUAACGUGCCGAUCGAUACACCGAUCGCAAACAGCCGUGCCUUCGAUGUGGACUCAAGCGCAGCACCGAUCGCGUACUCGAUCGAAAGCAUUAACUUCAUCCCGCAGUUCUACCGUCGGGACAACCGGACCGAAGACUAUACGAGCGUUUUCAGCUUGAACGGUGACACGGGAGAGAUACGCAGCACCCGCAGCAUGUCCAACUUUGUCGAUGGAUACUUCCACCUCACGAUCCGAGCGAACAACAGUGAGAAGGUGGAGCGGAUCAGCGAAACACAGAUGAAAAUCUUCGUCAUACGCGAUAAGUCGUUGUUGCGGUUUGUCUUCUCGCGGCCACCGACCGAGAUUAGCCAGCUGUUGGCGAACUUCAGUAGCGAGCUGCAGGAACGGUUGUCCGACUCCAACCUCGAACUGUCGGUGUUUGAUGCUCAGGUGCUCAGUCAUGCCGAUCACAGUCUCGACUUUAGCUCGACCGGUUCCUGCUUCCAGUUGACGCGCCACGGUUCCGCACUGGCCCCGGUAGAAAUGAUGCGCCUGAUGGACAGUCCGGAGCUGAAGACGCUUCUGACCGAUGUGUACAACAAGUACUCGGUCCACAAGAUCGACUCGUGCGCAGUAAGCAAGAAGGCACCGACCGGUGCACUGAUCGCUUCCUCGGGCACCUGGCUAGUGAUACUGGCCGGACUGAUAGGGUUUGCCGCGUUCGCCUCCACCAUGACUGCGUGCUGUCUAGCAAAACGAUACAAAAGUCAGGUGCGAUCGACAAUCAACUCGCAGCGUAUCGUCGGUUCGGACAUUUAUGGUAGUGCCACGCCCGUGCUCUACACCGAACCCAUCUACGGUGCGCUCUAGAACGGAACUGAACAGAAUGAGCAUAUUGACUAUUUCAAAGUCUGUACAAAGCAAGUCAUAACUUAAACCACCCACCCCGAUCCGUCCCAACCGAUUGGCCAUCUUGUGGCAUAACCUCAAACAGAGCUGAAGGCUGCGUCCCUCCCCAGGGCGGGAUUUUAAAGGUUGCCAAAGUGCACGCAGG